CACGGCACGGAGCAGCAAGCUACAGCAGCGGUCCGGUAACAAGCAAUUGCUCUCAAAAUGGAAAAUAUAGAAGGAGGUCAGUUAAACGAAAAGGAACAACGAAAGGAAUUAACAUGCGAAGCUGAUGAAACAGCUAAUGAAACGUUCCCAAGGCGGUCAGAACGGCCCAGUGCGCCCACAGAGAAAAUGCUCUUAUAUCAAAGGGAUGAACAGAAUAAAAGAGAGAAGAAACUGCUAACCAUUUAUGAACAUUGGAAAAGUCAGGUCAGAGUAUACAGAGAAGACCUGAAAAUUGAUUUAUCAGAUUCACGGUUAGCAGAAAUGGCUGAUGAUAUUGAAAGGACAGUAAAUGAUAUGACAAAAGCAUACAGUGAAUACAGAGAGCGUAAUGAACCCUCCCAUGUCAUAAGGCGCAAAAUGGACUCUUGUGAAUCAGUGACAAAGGACAUUAUGAAAAUCAUAUCUGAGCGUUUAGCAGCUAUAGAUGAGUAUGAUGCAGAUAGAGAAAGGCAGCGCCUCCAUCAGCUCUUAGCCUAUGAACAUGCUAAAUCCAUAUUUGGUACUGCAUCACAGUCAAGUUACCAAUCUGAAGUAAGCAUUGCAGCCAAAAGAAUCGAUGCUGUUGCAGAAUUAGCUGCAAAAGAAGCUCAGUAUAAAAUCACACAAGAAGAAAUAAAACAAAAACAAAAAAUAAGAGAAAUGGAAGAGAAACACAGGAGGGAAUUGGACGCACAAAGGUCUGAACUAGAGCGUUUACAAGCAGAAAAGGAAAGGCAAGCAGCACGUGCAAAAUUAGAGAUUUAUGACAAGGAGUUUAAAGUUGAUAUGGACAGUCAGUUAAUGUUACAGAGCAAUGGGAUGUCUGUUAUCAACCAAAGCUUUGCACAACCAGCCUCAGAGCUCUCUACAGGUUCAUAUCACCCACGUGUGGAACAAUAUGCAUCCAUCCCUGUCAAUAAUCCUCUACAACAACUGCACUCACAAAUUGUCACUCCAUCGCCUCCCACAGACGUAUUGCAGCUGGCUAAAGCUAUUCAAGACAGCAUAGCAGUAAGCAGAAUUCCAGUGCCUGUGCCCAUCGUGUUCAGCGGAGAUCCCAUCACCUACAUCGAAUGGAAGGCUUCCUUCAUCUCACUGGUGGGCCACAAAGGUAUAUCUCCAGCUGAAAAACUGCAUUUGUUAAAAAGGUAUAUCACUGGUCCUGCUCUUAAGUGUCUUGAGGGCACGUUCUACCGCAGUGAUGAAGAGGCAUACAAAGAUGCAUGGAAAAGACUUGACCAACGCUACGGUCAGCCAUUUGUUGUUCAAAAGGCAUUCAGAGACAAACUGUCAAAGUGGCCUAAAAUCCACUCAAAAGAUGCAGAAGGUCUACGGGCCUUUUCUGAUUUUCUCACAACCUGUCUGCAAGCAACACCACAUGUAAAGGGCUUAGAGAUACUAAGUGACUGUGAGGAAAACCAAAAGUUAUUGCAUAAGAUUCCAGAAUGGCUUGCAACGCGUUGGAACCGUCAAGUCACAGUUGCUCUCAUGAAAGGCAAAGAUUUUCCCUCUUUCAAGGAUUUUGCAGAGUUUGUAGCACUCGAGGCAGAAAUUGCAUGUAAUCCUGUGACUUCUUCAUAUGCACUCUAUUCAAGCAGCUCAUCCUUGGAGAAAAGAUACGUAAGGGAGACCAAACCAAACAGAUCUGUGACUCAAGUCUUCACUACACAAGCCACAGUACAUCCUUGGAGAAAAGAUACGUAA